AUUCUAACAAACACUCGUUUUUCAUCUCACUUCGUUUGUUUCUUCACCAUCUCUUCAAGUCAGUACUUCUGUGACGCUACAAUUGUGAUUUGCUCAUUCAAUCAACUGUCGAUCGAGCGCGAAAGGUUCCGCGUAUCAAUAAAACACACGCAGAAAGAGCAAAGUACAUAUCACGGAGCGCAAAAUGGCGGGGAAAGAGGCAACGGUGUAUAUUCUGGAUCUGGGGAGAUCGAUGGGUGAGAAGAGACAUGGACGCGACCAGACAGACCUUGAUUGGGCGCUGGAGUAUGUGUGGGACAAGAUUACUACGACUGUCGCGACAGGCAGAAAGUCCGCGCUCAUGAGCGUGAUCGGAUGUCGCACCGAUGAUACGGAUCUUGCAAAUGUCAUGGAAGAGAUUGAGGGUUAUGAGAAUCUCAAAGUGUUUAGCGGGUUGAAACAGUAUCUUCUGGACGACAUCCGGAAUCUUCAACAGCAGUUAAGCCCCAGCUCGACGAACGAUGGAGAUUUAUUCUCUGCUCUUGUUGUGGCCCUACAGAUGAUGGAGUCGGCGACGCAGGGCAAGACCGGCCCUUUGAAGUAUGACCGUCGUGUCAUCAUCAUUACUGAUGGGCGUGGGGGCAUCGACACUGAUGACCUGGACCAAAUUGCCAGCAAGAUCAACGACGAGAGGGCGAAAGUAGAGAUCGUGCUCCUCGGUAUAGAUUUUGACGACGAAGAGUAUGGCUACAAAGAGGAGAACAAGGAUCCCCACAAGGCUAAGAAUGAAGAGGUACUGAAGAAACUCGUGGACGUAUGCAACGGCAGCUUUGGCACCCUUGUUGAAGCUGUGGAUCAGCUCCACAUCCCACGUCUGAAGGAGACACGCCCAGUACCCAGUUAUAGGGGCCAACUCACUCUUGGAGAUCCGAAGCACUUCGAGGCCACACUAACUAUUGACGUCGAACGGUAUCCGUGCACCAUGAUCGCCAAACCCCCAACAGCGAGUAGGUUUGUGGUACGGACAGACCUUGGUGGCAUAGCGGGUCCCAGCACACAAUCUUCUGCCACCAUAACCGGCGAGGACCACCCGAUGGGUGAUCUGUCAGCAGUCCGAAACCAGCGCGUUUAUCAGGUGGACGAUGAAGAAGAGCCAGGUACUAAAAAAAACGUCGAGAUGGAUGAGUUGGAGCGCGGAUAUGAAUACGGAAGAACCGCUGUCCACAUCUCCGAAUCUGAUCUAGGUGUGGUGAAAUUGGAAACGGAGCAGUCGCUGCAACUCGUUGGCUUUGUUCCAGCCGAAAAGUUCGACCGAUAUCUUCCCAUGAGUCGAACAAACUACAUCGUUCCGCAAAGGGCCAAUCAGCAGUCACAACUUGCGCUGUCCUCGUUUGUUCAUGCCUUGUUCGAAGCUGACAUCUACGCUGUUGCGAGGAUGGUCACCAAGGAGAACAAACCUCCAAUCAUAGUGCUGUUGGUUCCACAGACUGAGCUCGGUCGCGAAUGCCUGGUGGACGUGGAGUUACCUUUUGAAGAAGACAUGAGACGUUACAAGUUUCCCCCACUAGACCGCAAGAUCACUGUUAGCGGGAAGAUAAUUACUGAGCACAGAGACCUGCCAAAUGCCGACUUGACAGAGGCAAUGAGCGCAUACGUUGAUGCCAUGGAUCUCUCUUCGCUUGGUGAAGACGACGAGGGCAACCCUGGUGAAUACGCGAAACCGGAAGAUACAUAUGCACCACUUGUCCACCGCAUCAAUCACAUUGUCAAAUGGCGUGCCACACAUCCCGACCCCACACUUCCGAUUCCAAACCCGCCGGAAAUCCUGACAAAGUACUCCACGCCCCCAGCCGAGCUGAUGUCCCAACUCGAAGUGCAGCUGAGCGCCUUGAUCAAAGCAGCGGACGUCAAGAAGGUCCCACCAAAGGUCAAGGGUCGCGGUAAGCGUCGUCGUGACGACCGCGAGAAACCUCUCUCAGGUCUCGACGUCGAUGAGCUGCUUGGAAACCCUAAGCGUGUCAAAGUUGAAUCCAACAAUCUCAUACCCUCCUUCAAACAAGCGCUCGCCGCAACGGAUGACCUCGAAGCCAUUCAAGAGGCUGCAGACAGUAUGGCCAAGGAAGUUCGCUCUCUCAUUAGCAACAGUGUCGGCGAGAGUGCAUACGGACGGGCUCUAGAAGCAAUUCGGGUCAUGAGAGAUGAGAUCACGGAGCUGGAAGAGCCCGAGAUCUACAACACCUUCAUCAGGGAGUUGAAGAAAGACGUACUGGGCGGCAAGCUCAACGGGGAGCGCAGGGAUAUGUGGUGGAGGAUUCGUGGUAGUCGGUACGGGCUUGUGGACCAGAAGCGGAGCUUCGUGAGUGAUGUUACGGAGGAUGAGGCUCUCGAGUUCUACAAAGUCUAGGAUAAGUGAGAGCUAGUGGUGUUGGAUCAUGCGAAUGUGGCUCAUGUGCCGGUCAAGCCCUUAGAAGUUUGUCGAGAGUUCUAUACAUUACGUAUCGAGGCUUGCAU